CGGGUCAUGACCUCGUGGAGUGGAAAUAUCAUUCUGAAGACCAUUUGUGCUGCUAAAUCAACACGAACAACAAAAUAUACGACAGCAGGAACUCAGUUAGUAGCCGACCAUGGCAGACAGGCAUAUCCUUGGACUGAGUCAAGAAGUGACGCUAUCCGUCCUUCCCAGACUGCACCUGGAGGAACUGGUCCUGGAGCUGGGCAGGAGAAACAUCCAGAGGGACGGACAGACAGACAGGGCUGACACACAGACAGACAACAUGUACAGGGCCGACCUGGUAAGGGAACUGUCAGCUGUUAUGAUGAGGGAAUACCAGGGGGCCAUUGUCAAGGUUACAACAGAAACACAACAUUCUUCUCAAAACACAACAUCAGUCACCAUAGAAAAUAUUGGUCAGACAAAAAGGGUUCAAAGCUACACUCAGCAAGGAGUGGUCAGUGGGGUAGUAGAAACUGACACACAGCAGCAGACCGAGCUACAGUCUGUUGAAAGUUUUGCAGGAGAAUGCGAAAGUGACAACGAAUACGAUCCUUUCACUCCGGAAGACUACUCCGCAGAAAGUAGCGACAGUCCCGAGGCCACUGCUGAUGAACCGGACACGUCAAAAGUCUCAGAUGACAGAAUGGAUGUUGACAAAAUGCAGCCAUCUGGCAAUGCAAGUAGCAGUUUGGUACUUGAUGCGGACAUUGUUCUCACAGAGGUCAAGGUGCAAGAUGCUGAUCUCCAAGCAAACCAUGCACAUGCAGAAUGUGAUGAGGAGGGAAUAGACCUCGUCCCAACAGAAACUACUUGUACAGAAACUUUGGACAGCACAGAUGAUGCUACAGAGCAGUUGGAGAUGUCAGAGCUCGAGCAGUCUGAAACACAAAAGGAGAGAAAUACUACUGACAUCAAACCUGAACAUUCGGAAAAGGCGCCAUCCUUUGGAAUAAAAACACGUGGCAAAGAGAAAAAACAGAAAGAAAACACAACGUGCAUCUAUGAGAGGAAAGACCAACUGAAAAAAGAAAAACGGGUCGUUACAAGAAAGCAGAAACAAUAUGUGUGUUCUACAUGUGACUACGUUACGUUGUCAAAGAAAUGCCUUGUUGUCCAUAUCAGAAAACACACCGGUGAGAAGCCUUUCACAUGUUCGGAAUGUUCGUACGCGGGAACGAGUAGUAGUGCACUGGUAAAGCAUCGGGCGCGCCACAGAGACCAGGAAGAGAAACCGUACAAGUGUACGCAGUGCGAUUAUGCGGCUGCCGCCAAGAACAGCUUACAGUGUCACAUGGGCUCAAAACACGGCGUUUUCAACUUCAUGUGUGAAGUAUGUGGUUUCAGGUUUGGUACAUUAGGAAACCUGAACAGGCAUGUGGCGACGCACUCCAAUGUGAGACGCUUCAAAUGCCCCCACUGUGAUUAUGCUGCAGCAGAGAAGACGACUCUCACAAGCCAUAUUAAGGCCAAACAUACUGAGAACAGAAUCAAGCCGUUCGCUUGCGAUAAGUGUCCCUUCAGGGCACAGGAAAAGGGUGAUCUAACUCGCCACUUAAAGAGGCACGACAAGAAGAAAAUUCUCAAGUGUACGCUCUGUGAUUUCGCGUCUCACACCAAGUGUGGGCUGAAAACACACCAAGCUGAACACAAGGGGGGACCAAUAUUCUCCUGUGACCUUUGCUCAUAUAAGACAUAUCAAACUUGA